AACCCCUUUCUGUGCCACAAUUUAAGAACAACACACGAGGCUAAUAUAGUAAUGUAACUAGCUUUAUUGAGAAAACAGUCAAGACACAACUCCAACUUAUAUUUUAUUUUCCUGAAGGAUCACGAGUGACUGAUUCUAAUCCUGGUCCGCCUGUGCUCUAAUCUAUUCGUCAGACAAUGCGCCACCGUGUUUAUUUUGAUGACAGCUGACCCUUCAUAUAUGUCACACGUUAUCGCUAGAACACUCGCUUCUUCUCAUUGUGGAUAUAGAGUCUACUUGGCUAUUGUAGAAAUGGAACCACUAGACCCACUAGCCGUAAGAUUCCGUCGUUCUACAAGGACAUGGCAAAUUAUAGCUUCAGUUUCUUGUGUGGUUGCUGUAGUAAUAGCGAUCCUUUUCGCUUCGAUGUGUUACUCGAAAUCCUCGUGUAAGAAUUACAAAUCGUGCGAGCAACAGAAACGGUCACCGCUCGACUCUAGAUGCCCCGGUAAACCACCUUUGUUCGCACUACCGAAGCCAUUGCCUUCAAGAAUCGACGAAGCACUCGACAAGAUCGACAAACACCUCCUUUCGAUAGCAGCAAAGGCACAGAACAAAUCUGCAAUUUCCAUAAAUAUCUUUUACAGAGAUGCUGUCGUCUGGAAGGGUCACUAUGGAAGCAAAACUUACAAAGGGUCAGUUCCCCCUGACGAUAACACGAAGUACCGCAUUGGAAGUGUUACUAAGAUAUUCGCGGUUCUUUUGCUCUUCAAACUGCGCGAGGAUGGUUUGAUAUCAUCCCUGGAUGACCCGUUAAGCAAGUACGCUUCUGAAUUCAGUAUCAAAAAUCCCUUCACUAACGCUCAAAUUACCCUCCGCCAGAUCGCGGGUCAAAUGUCGGGUCUUCCCCGCGAAGCUCCGUGUGUGUACUCCUGCUCGGGCACCAAUUCAACAGAGCAGCUGGAAAUUCUUAAAAGGCGGAAUUUAGUAGUAGAACCAUGGACACAGCCUUCUUAUAGUAAUCUUGGUUAUGCACUGUUGGGAAGACUGCUCACUGAAAAUCUACUGAAUAUUACUUUCGAAGCUUGGGUAGAAGAGGAGGUUUUAAAGCCAUUAGGAAUGGCCAACACGGGCUUUAAAAUUACUGAUAAAGUAUUAAAAAAUAUAGCGUUUCCAUACUACCCGAACGGAACUUUGUUCCCGUUUAUGACUUUAGGCUGGGCUGACCCUGCCGGUGGUAUGUAUUCCACUGUACAAGACCUCAUGAAACUGAACGCUAUGCUCACAAACCCUUCCCACGGACCAAAAAUACUCAAGCAAAAUACCAUUCGAGAACUGCUUCUACCAGAAUUCAUCACGCGUGAUGGUUUGUGGCUGUGGGGAUCUCCAUUUGAGAUGCGUUUUGUAAGGGGUUUCGUUGCUAGGCAGAAAGGCGGGAAUAUCGAUAGUUACAACGCUGGAUUUUCCGUUAUUCCAGAGCUGCAAGUAGCUAUGAAUAUUUUCGUCAACAAUAUCAACGUUUUACCAAAGCAAGGCACAACAUGUUUCGACGUAGCGGAUUUUGUGCAUGAUGUAUUUCUGCAAGCGCUUAACGAAACGUUAUUCGAGAUGCGCAAAGAUGCCAAGUUCCCCAUUGAUUCAAAACCUUUUUUAGGCACUUACCAAGUAACUCAAAUACAAGCAUUAACACAAAGACAACUAAACUUCACUGCAGUCAUUGAACAAGACGGAGAAAAGCUAUUGGUCAUACCGAAGGCUAAUCCAAGAGGGGGCUUCGCACUUACUUACAUCGGGAAGCCUUUGUUAUUUCAGGGAGAGGCAUUUUCUGGUCUUGGGGGGUCCUGUGUUUCGUCUCACUUAGGGCUGUUUGGCAUGGUGAAGUUUGACCCUCCUGACGCACAAGGCUUUUCUCCAGGGUUCAGCGCAGCCUGUUGGAAAGUUUUUGCUAAACGAAUCACAGGCUCGUCCACGUACGAGUCACGUGAUCAUUCCAUUGUUGAGCCUCGCUUAGAUGAUGGCCCGAGUUUUUUCUCCCUCGUUUGACUUCAUUGUUGAUAAUUUGUGAAUACGGUCUGUGUUAUGUAAACAUCUUCACAAGAGCGCAUACUUUACCAUAAAUGCCCGUUUCCCGUUUUAAUAAGAAUAAUACAAUGACGACGACGACGACGUCGUCGUUGACAAUAUUGUCAAAAUGUGAUGUCUCCAGGACAUAUUACUGGACAGGCGCACACCUAGGAUCUUAUCAGUUGCUACUCGUUCAAUAACUUGAUCUGCUAGUUGUAACAGAACAGGCUUAGAUGGCUUGUAUUUUAAAAAAUCAAUACACAUCUCUUUGCAUUUAGUGGGGUUAAGACGCAUACCAUGAUCCAAGGAGUAUGGAGAGAUAUCACUUGCAAUAAUUGGCUGAAAGCUAGGUGAACAUCUUGGAAUUAUUUCAAGUAAGGAUAGAUCGUCAACAUACUUGACUCUAGUGUCCCAAUUGCUGACUAGAUUAUUGACCAACACAGCAAACAAGUCCUGCACUGUGUGGGAUGCCACCUCUAGGAUAUACGGGAUCCGAUAUUGUGCUACCUAUUUUUACCUGCUGGGACCUGUUGGUUAUGUCUUAUUCACUCCUUAGUGGUGUAAUUCAUGGACCAAAACAGAGUGAUCAACCAGAUCAAAUCCUUUACUGAAAUCCGUAAACAAGAUGCGGGCCAACUUGUGCGGGCAUAGCAUUGGUUUUCCAAAGAUUCCAGAAUGCAAUGCAUUUUUUGGCGCUUAUUUUAUUCUAAGAAUCUCAAGGGGGCGCCAAUUCGAAGUAAAAGAAGUUAUUGGAAGUUGCGCUUAAACCAGAAUUCGCGGUAGUUAUAAAAUUUUGACGCAGCUAAGAAAUGCUACAUUAACUUUUAUUCAGAUUUGUAUCAAAAAUCGCAUAUACUGUAUAAUAAAUUAUCUAUAUAUGCCCUUUCUAUAGCCUCUUAUUCAGCCAUUUAAGGCGGUCGUACAGUGAUGUGUCACAGCCGCAUGUCUGAAGGCAGCCGUCAAUGUCAGUUUGUCAGUUUACUUUUAAAAUAAUUUAAAAGUAGAACGGU